AGAUUCCGGCCUAAUUUGGGAACCUGAAUUUCUGGGCCCAUUAGCUUCUUAUUCCUCCGUUUAUUUGGACGGCGGAGUGUACUAGUUGUUUGACGCUUAUUAGUUAUUACAGCUUCGAACGACAAACGAAACUAGGGUUUUUCAGCUUCUAAUUAAAAGGCUUCAUAGUUAUGGCCAUCACAGGAGAGCUUUCAGCAAUUUCCCAUUCUUCCAUUUCACUUCCCCAAUAUCAUACCCUAGCUUCAAUCCAAGGGCAUUAUCGUCAACCUUGCUAUAAACUUUCCCCCACACCUUCAACUUCAAGUAACACUACCCAUCUCUUGUCAUUAAAAACCACACCAAAUCUCUCUUUAUACCGCCCAAUUACCAUCAAACACCACUCUAGAAACCGGUUUUCCGGUGUGAUCAGCCGCAGCGUGGUCCCGGAAAAGCCCCCCACCGCCCUUUCUGUCGAUUUUGUAGAACCAACCGAACUCCAAACCGACAGCAGCGGCGGUGGCGGUGGUGGUGGUGGUGAAGGAAACGACAACAACUGGGGCGGUGGAAGCGGCGGCGGUGGUGGUGGAGAGGGUGGAGGAGCACCAGAAGACAAUCAAGAACCGAAAAAGAUGGGCAUGUCGAUGUCUCAGAAGCUAACACUGGGGUAUGCCGCCUUGGUUGGGUUGGGUGGUGUGAUGGGGUUUCUGAAGAGUGGAAGCCAGAAAUCUUUAAUUUCUGGCGGGAUAUCAGCGGCAUUAUUGCUGUUUGUUUACACACAGUUACCGGUGAAUCCUGUGUUUGCAUCGUGUGUUGGACUUGGUUUGUCUGGUGCUCUGUUGGGAGUGAUGGGAAUGCGGUUUAAGAAGUCGGGUAAAGUUUUUCCGGCGGGUGUUGUGUCGGUGGUGUCAUUUGUAAUGACUGGAGGCUACUUACAUGGUGUCAUGCGCAGUUUUCAUUAAUGCUGUUUAAAACUUAAAGAUUUGUAAGUUUAUGUGCUCGAGAUUCUAUUUUCUUUUGUAUCUUUUGACUUUCUGUGUUUUGACUUUUGAAUAAAAUGUUAUACUGUAGUUUCUA